CGGGAUUCCUGCAUAUAAACGUCUCCUAUUUCUUCUAGCGGCGAUCCGAUACCCUCGCUCUCCCUUUCGCCCAACCUCUUCACGGACUCUGUGUGUGUGGAAACACACUCAUCAAUCAUCUAAUCUCUCUCUCCCUCUCCCUCUCUCUCUCUCGUAUCUCUAUCUCUCUCCCUCCUUCUCUCGUAUCCCUACACAUCUCCUUCCCUCCCUCCCUCUCUCUCUCUCUCUCUCUCUCUCUCUCUCUCUGUCUCUCUCGUGUCAUCGUAAUUAUAACAAUCUCUAUAUCUGGAAAUUAUUUAGUGAUUGCUUCGAUUAGCUGAUUCUCAAAAUAUUGUAAUUGUGAGCUGCAUUUGAUGGAGAAGAAGAAAUUUCCAAUCGGACCGCAGAAUUAUACUCUGUAUGAAGAGAUAGGGCAAGGUGUAAGCGCUUCGGUGUUUCGAGCACUCUGUAUUCCUCAUAAUGAGGUCGUUGCUAUCAAAAUUCUCGAUUUCGAGCGAGAUAAUUGUGAUUUGAAUAGUGUGUCUCGUGAAGCUCAGAUAAUGAACCUGGUAGACCAUCCUAACGUUCUCAAGUCGCACUGCUCUUUUGUUAGUGAUCAUAAUUUAUGGGUUAUCAUGCCCUAUAUGGCUGGUGGCUCUUGUCUUCACAUAUUGAAGGCUGCAUAUCCUGAGGGCUUUCAGGAGGUUGUUAUUGCUACAAUAAUGCGCGAGGUACUUAAAGCCUUGGAGUAUCUUCAUCAUCAUGGCCAUAUCCACCGAGAUGUCAAAGCUGGAAACGUUCUCAUUGACACACGGGGUGCAAUUAAGUUGGGGGAUUUUGGGGUUUCUGCUUGCUUAUUUGAUUCAGGUGACAGGCAACGUACAAGGAACACUUUUGUGGGGACUCCCUGCUGGAUGGCGCCUGAGGUGAUGGAGCAAGUUCAUGGCUAUGACUUUAAGGCUGAUAUCUGGUCUUUCGGUAUAACUGCUUUGGAGCUUGCUCACGGCCAUGCUCCUUUUUCAAAGUAUCCGCCUAUGAAGGUUUUGCUAAUGACCUUGCAAAAUGCGCCACCUGGCCUUGACUAUGAAAGGGACCGGAAGUUCUCCAAGUCUUUCAAGCAAAUGAUUGCUAGUUGCCUGGUCAAAGAUCCUUCCAAACGGCCUUCAGCAAAGAAAUUGUUAAAGCAUACUUUUUUCAAACAAGCUAGAUCACAGGAUUAUAUAGCACGAAAAGUCUUGGAGGGGCUGCCAGAUCUUGGUGAUCGUAUUCAAGAGCUUAAGAGAAAGGAAGAAGAUAUGCUUGCACAGAAAAAAAUUCCAGAUGGACAAAAAGAAGAAAUAUCACAGAAUGAAUAUAAACGAGGGAUUAGUGGGUGGGAUUUUAACCUGGAGGAUGUGAAAGCUCAAGCUUCCUUGAUCCCUGAUGAGGACAUUAUACAUGACAAAGAAGUAGGAGAAAGCUCGAGUGCCCCUGAGCAAGAAAAGCAACUUCAGUGUCAGAAUUCUUCUCCGGGCCUAUCUUCUGAAGCUGCAGAAUCAGAAGAUAACACCCAGAUUCAGAACCGCAUUCCUGCUCCUUCAGUCGAUUCAACAGGAGCCAUCACAAAUAAUAGUGAGAAACCUGAUGAUGAUAUGAGCCUUGCAAGUUCAUAUCAGGGACUACAUGUAUCCGAGAAUAAUUCUCCCAGUAAUGACAAUAUCACUGAGAACAGUUUGGCUGGGAAACCUGACUCAGAAAAUAAUGGAAAGGAGAUUACACAUCCUCAUUCAAGGAAGGGAAGUUCUUACAGUAUUAUGGUUCCAGACCCAGUUCUUUCAGCUAGUAAAGUUGACAGUGAUAAGAUGAAAAGCCUGUUUAGGAGCUUAUCAAAUUUGAAUGGACCUCAUGUUGCCACUGACGAUUCAUCAUGCGAAAGUGUUUCUAAAGCUUCUAAAACAUCAGCAAGUAGUGAAGAUCUGGAUGAGAAAGUAAAACCAGUUGUUCAACAAAGAGGACGAUUUAAGGUUACUUCUGAGAAUGUUGAUCUUGAAAAGGUUGUGGCUGCUCCUCCAUCGCCUGCAUUGCAAAAGAGUAUCAGCAUGCAGGUGAUUCCUCAACACCCUAGCAUUUGUCUACCAUCACCAUCUACUGCCACGUCAUUGAACCAUUUGGGGCAUUCACUUUUUCCAACGUUGCAAUCUGUCUUGCAAACAAAUAUUCUUCAAAGGGAGGGCAUUCUCAGUCUAAUGAAGCAGCUUUCUGAUGGCGACCCUUCAGCUGUUCAUGUAGUGGAUGGUGGAGUCAUAACGAGUACAACUGGGACUGAUAAAUCGUCGCUAGAAGCAGCUCAUGACAGGGAAAAGGAGUUGCUUAGUGAAGUAACUGAUUUGCAAUGGAGGCUCAUAUGUGCCCAAGAAGAACUUAAGAAGCAUAAAGCAGAAAACGCCCAGGUAUAAUGUCUGCAACCAGGCACCUGCAGAGUAGCAAUACAGAGUUGAACAGUAGAAAAACAGGAAAAAAAUAUAAUGACGAAGAGAUGAUUAGUUAAUUAUAGAGAUUCGUGCUUUCUUAGGUUUCUUUUAAUUACAGGAGUUGAUAAUUUAGCGAUUUAGUUUAAUUUCUCUGUAAAUUAUAGUCAAGAUAAUGUUGUUUUU